CGUUGGGGCCGGGGCGGUAGCCCAGAGAUCCGCGGCUCGGCCCGCGACUUACAGUCACUUUGCCUGCUGCGGGCGCUUCCGGUUCCGGUACGAGGAGCCGCACGGGAUUCGAGGCUCCAGGCAUGGCGGGGAGCCGCCUGGAGACCGUGGGGAGCAUUUUCUCUCGGACGCGGGACCUGAUUCGGGCUGGUGUGUUGAAGGAGAAGCCCCUCUGGUUUGACAUAUAUAAUGCCUUCCCCCCACUGAGAGAGCCGGUCUUCCGAAGGCCCCGCUUGCGAUACGGCAAAGCUAAAGCUCACAUCCAGGACAUCUUCUACCACGAGGAUCGGAUUAGAGCGAAAUUUUAUUCAACCUAUGGAUCUGGUCAAAAAGCUUUUGAUCUGUUCAAUCCAAACUUCAAGUCUACCUGUCAACGGUUUGUGGAGAAGUACAUUGAGCUACAGAAACUUGGAGAAACAGAUGAAGAGAAGUUAUUUGUGGAAGCAGGGAAGGCUUUAUUGGCAGAAGGUGUCAUUUUACGUCGAGUAGCAGAAGCAAGGACUCAACAGGACGGUAGUCACAUUUCCUGGAAAUCUGAACCCAUGGGUGUCGAGCCCCAGACUGCAUUGGAGGCGAACCAGUCUCUGAAAGAAGAUCCACAGGCCCAGCAUUUGGGGGCACCUGGAGAACAGUCGACAGGCCUCUCACCUCCCUGAAGAACUUGUGUGCUGUGUAUACUGACAUCCAAACCGGAUUCACUACAUGAAUGUUGUACCAUUUUUAACAGUUGAACUGUGUAAAUGUUUCUUGAUCUCUAAGGCAUCAUGUUUGCCUUCUUUUGGUUCCCACUUCUAGGUUGUCAUAAAGCUCUGUAUCAUGGUUUGAAGAAGCAGUUGUGUGAACUUUUAUGUUAGGGCGGUAUUAAACAAAGAAUUCCUUGGUGCUU